AUGACUAGCGCCGUACACAAGAAGAUGAUGAAGAAGAAGGCCGCCCCGAGCAGGAGCAAGCUGCUGGUGGUGUUGUUGCUGUUUUCUGCGUGCGCCGUCGUGGCGCUGCUCGUCCGCGACCGCGGAGUCCAAGUGGCACGGAUGAUUCCAGUUUCCCUUCGGGAUGGGCACGCGGAUGCUCCCCCGCCGCUGCCGCCUCCUAGUGAUGAUCAUCAAGAGGAGUCAGAGCCCCCUGCAAUGGAAAUCCCGUACGCGGCAGACACCAGGUGGGAGAUCCAGUGGGAGAGCAUCUCCAGGAGCCUCUCCUCCUCCAGCAGCAUCGCCACAUCGGUGGGCCUGCUCAACUUCAACUCCUCGGAGGUGGCGCGCUGGAGGACCACGUUGCCGGCCGCCCACAUCCGGGCCGUGCGCCUAGCUCCUGCCGCGGACGACAUCACCUGGGAAGCACUCUACCCGGAAUGGAUCGAUGAGGACAACCCCAUCGGAAACAGCUGCCCCUCCCUCCCCGACCCCGACCCGAACCCCCCUCUGCAUGAUUACGAACUCGUCGCCGUCAAGCUCCCCUGCCGCGGCCAAAGCUGGUCCAGGGACGUGCGAAGGCUGCACCUCCAGCUCUCCGCCGCCAAGCUCGCCCACCACAGCGGCAGCUCGAGUAUGGUGUUGAUCCUGAGCGAGUCGGAGUGCCUCCCCCUGCCCAACCUCUUCCCCUGCAAGCACCUCCUCGCGCGCCACGCUCACGCCUGGCUCUACCGCCCCGACGCAGCCUACCUCCGCCACCGCCUCAGCCUCCCCAUCGGCUCCUGCCAGCUCGCCGUCCCCUUUCUCCGGCCCUCCGGACCUACAGUACCAAAGACAGGGAGGAGACGGCAGGCAUACGCCACCGUGUUGCACUCCGCCGACGCCUACGUCUGCGGCGCCAUCGCGCUGGCGCAGAGCAUCCGGCAGUCGGGGUCCACGCGCGACCUGGUGGCCCUGGUGGACGCGCACGGCCACGGCGCCGAUAAGCGCGCCGCCCUCGUCGCGGCGGGCUGGCAGGUGCGCCCCGCUCCGCGCAUCCGCAACCCGCGCGCGGUGCGGCACGCCUACAACGAAUGGAACUACAGCAAGUUCCGGCUGUGGCAGCUGACCGACUACGACAGGGUCGUGUUCCUGGACGCCGACUUGCUAGUGCUGCGCAACAUGGACUUUUUGUUCGAGGAAGAGGCGGCGGCGGAGCUGAGCGCGACGGCCAAUAGCGGCGCGCGCUUCAACUCGGGCGUGAUGGUGCUGGAGCCGUGCAACUGCACCUUCGAGCUGCUCAUGUCGGGCAUCCACGACAUCGACUCCUACAACGGCGGCGACCAGGGGUACCUGAACGAGGUGUUCACGUGGUGGCACCGCCUACCGCGCCGCGCAAACUUGCUCAAGUACGUGUGGGACGAAGGGGAUCGGGCGGCGCAGGCGCGACUGCUGAGCGCGGAGCCCGCGGAGGUGUACGCGGUGCACUACCUGGGCAGGAAGCCGUGGCUGUGCUACCGCGACUACGACUGCAACUGGAACGUGCCGGCGCUGCGGCGGUUCGCGAGCGACGAGGCGCACGCGCGGUGGUGGGCAAUGCACGACCGGAUAGAGCCCGCGGAGCUGAGGCACAGGUUCUGCGCGCUACCGGAGAGGCAGAUGGCGGCGCUGGAGCAGGACCGAAGGGAGGCGGAGAGGGCCAUGGCGCCGGAUGCCCACUGGAACCGAACCAUCACAGACCCCAGAGCCCACCGGGCUGUCUCUCACCCUGAGGCUCCGCUGUGA